AUGACCGUCGAACACGCUCGCUACCGGCCAACUACGCCGCCACGUCUUCCUCUUGAAGAGUAUAUUGGCUCUGGACGUAGUCGCCAUGCUUCCACUUCUUCCGUUUAUUCGGGCGAAUCGUCUCCCUGGUCUACCGUCACUGGUAAUACCAGCCCUGCCACCUCGCCAACUAGACAUCACCAUGGACCGGCUCUACUGCCCAAGAUUCGUCCUCAAGAUGUUGUAGUCGAGCCUGUGUCUAGCGGUGGACCUCUGCGUCACCGUCGAGUCAUUUCCAACACUCGAAACCAACCCGGCUUCAUGCCUUACCCACCAAGUCGGCCAUCUACAAGCCGCCAAAAGCGCGAAAUCUUAGAUCGCCUGACACUGGCCUCUCCAGUUUCACCAGCGCCAAUGGCUGUGCAGAGUAGCUGCUCUGCCUUAUCAUCACCCGUCACUCUCACUCCGUCAUACAAACGUAAAGCAGACGGCCACUCGCGCUCAAUCUCGGCCUCUGUUGUUGACAUUCAAACUUUUAACCGCUUUCGAUAUCCCACCUACCGUGAACUCCCCAAAUACAUGCCUCAGAUGCAGGCUCAGACUACGCCCACUACACCCGUCACUCCCGUCACCCCAAACAUCGUUGUUUACCCGUCAUACUCGCAACGACCAGGCGGUCCAGCUCCCUUAUGCACGAAUCCAUUGACUGUUCCUACCCCUCAAUAUUACGGAACAUCUGCCCAACCUUCACCGGCCCUGCUCAGUCCCCAAGAGGACCUGCCACGGUCCACGACCUUGCUGUCCUACCUCACUCGCUCAAUCCAGCCAAUCAACUUGGUUCGCAACGUGAGUGUAGUUCCAACACGCGGCAUGCACGACUAUUUCUGGUGGGAUAUUCGCAAUCUCCGCAGCUGGACCUCCUUUUCCCUCGCCAAAUUCGGCUCCCUGGACAGUCGUCUCAUUCAGCUCCUCAGAACUGAAAUCCCAGGCCAUCGUACACCCGCCGUGGCAGUACCACCCGCUUCUCUUGCCCCAGAAUCCGAACCGGCUCUUGUCUCCCUUAUCCGAGACCUGUAUGCCCCGAGAGUCAAUGCCGCCCUAGCUGUCUCUCAGGGUGAUGACCACCUCCAGCUCUACGCUGCACCCGACGUCCGAAACACAGGACACAAAAAUCACGGCCAUCCUCAUUUUCUGGCCAACUACGCUUCCGACACAGAGCAUACAAGUGCCGGUCUUCCCCGCGGUCGAUUAGUUGGAAUAGUCAAAUCCUUUGACCGCUGGAACACCGGUAUGCGAAAUGAAGCCCCCCAUCGCCGCGUUGAGUACCUCAACGGCUUAGCGCAUCUCCAGCGCUGCAUGCGCGAACACUCAUGCCGAUACGGAUUCAUAAUCACGGAAAUUGAACUCGUCUGCGUACGCGCAGGUUGCGAUCCAGGCGACGAUGUCCCUUACUUUGGAUUCUUAGAGAUUGCUGCUUCAAUUCCUCUCAAAACCGCCUCGACUGGUCUGCGCCGCGAUUGCCCUUUGGCAACGCCCAUCAGUGCGCGCUCUUUCUCAUCCUCUUCUUCCGCUUCUUUUCCUCCCGACUCUCCCAUCAUCGACGAAGCAGAUGAUGUCCCGAUGACAGCUAGUCUGGCUUUGUAUUUCUUAUUGAUGCUUUCGAAAUCUGUCCCGCUUCCGCACCAACCUUCUGCUCAUCUCAACGUUGGUGGGCCUGGAGCGUUGACUCGUCAGCGGAUUCUGUCCGAGCCCAAGGAUAAAUGGAUCCCAGAGCCGCAAAUUGGGGAGCGGAGGGAUGCCAAAAGGGUUCGGGGGUGGGUUUGGCCAAUGGAUGCUUGGCAUCGGCGGGAGGGAGGUGGUGCCUCCAGAUCAAAGGAAAAGAAGAGGUGA